AUGGGCUUCCCGGAACCCACAGACGAGUGGUCGCAGCAUAGCGGACACUGCCACUGCGGGGCGGUCCGCUUCAGCUUCAAGCUCUCGCCGCCGCUCUCGAAAUACCCAGCAAACAGCUGCAACUGCUCCAUCUGUACGCGCAACGGCUACGUGGUCGUGUACGCGCAGAAGAAGGACUUUGAGCUCCAGACGCCGCCGGACGCGCUAUCAGCCUACACGUUCGGCCUGCAGAGGUCGUGGCACAAAUUCUGCAAGACGUGCGGCAGCAGCGUCCUGAUUGAGGUUAUCCCGGGAAAGGGUCCGGAGCUGAUUGGCGUAAACGUACGCAUGCUGGAGGACUUCGACAUGGACAAGCUGGUGUUGAACAAGCUGGAUGGAAAGAGUCAUGGGCCGGAGUACAAGGUGUAA